GGGAGCGAGGCCCGCCCGUGGGUGUUUGUGUUUGCGUCUGCGGCCGCGGCUCGGAGGGGAAGCAUCUGUGGGGGCCGCGCGCGCGCGCGUGAGUGUGUGUGUGUGAGUGUGGGAGUGUGAGUGUGUCCCGGCCGCGGGGAAAUGGCUGCUGCUGCCGCUGCCGGGCCAGACGGAGAGAAUGAGGUAGAGUGUUUUUGUGCGUCCAGUAGACCGGGAGUGCCGGGAAGGGCCGCGCGUCCCCGGGGACGUGAGACUAAUAGGGAUGCCAAAGGAAAAAUAUGAUCCUCCAGAUCCUCGAAGAAUUUAUACCAUCAUGUCAGCAGAGGAGGUAGCCAAUGGGAAAAAAUCUCACUGGGCAGAAUUAGAAAUCUCGGGUAGAGUGCGGAGCUUAAGUACAUCACUUUGGUCAUUGACACACCUGACAGCACUGCACCUAAAUGACAAUUACCUUAGUCGCAUUCCACCUGAUAUUGCCAAGCUUCAUAAUCUGGUUUACCUGGAUCUGUCAUCCAAUAAACUCAGAAGUUUACCAGCAGAACUAGGAAACAUGGUGUCUCUCAGGGAAUUGCUUUUAAAUAACAAUCUGUUACGGGUUUUGCCUUAUGAACUUGGUCGGCUCUUCCAGCUACAAACUCUAGGUUUGAAAGGCAAUCCUUUAUCACAGGAUAUUCUCAAUUUAUACCAGGACCCAGAUGGAACCCGAAAGCUACUGAACUUCAUGCUUGACAAUCUUGCAGUUCAUCCAGAGCAGCUUCCUCCGAGGCCAUGGAUUACAUUAAAAGAACGAGACCAAAUUCUGCCAUCAGCAUCAUUCACGGUUAUGUGUUACAAUGUGUUAUGUGAUAAAUACGCCACCCGGCAGCUAUACGGCUAUUGCCCAUCCUGGGCAUUAAACUGGGAAUACAGGAAAAAGGGAAUUAUGGAAGAAAUUGUUAACUGUGAUGCAGAUAUCAUUAGUCUUCAGGAAGUGGAAACAGAGCAAUACUUCACUCUCUUUCUGCCAGCAUUGAAGGAGCGUGGAUAUGAUGGAUUUUUUUCUCCAAAGUCACGUGCCAAAAUCAUGUCUGAGCAGGAGAGAAAGCAUGUGGACGGUUGUGCAAUAUUCUUCAAAACAGAAAAAUUUACCUUGGUGCAAAAGCAUACAGUGGAAUUUAACCAGGUGGCAAUGGCUAAUUCAGAUGGAUCCGAAGCUAUGCUGAACAGAGUGAUGACAAAAGAUAAUAUUGGUGUCGCUGUGGUAUUAGAGGUCCACAAAGAACUAUUUGGAACAGGUAUGAAGCCUAUUCAUGCUGCAGACAAACAGCUGCUUAUAGUGGCGAAUGCCCACAUGCAUUGGGACCCAGAGUAUUCUGAUGUGAAACUCAUCCAGACCAUGAUGUUUGUCUCAGAGGUUAAAAACAUUCUGGAGAAAGCCUCUAGUAGGCCUGGCAGCCCAACCGCAGAUCCUAAUUCCAUCCCGCUGGUGCUAUGUGCAGAUCUUAACUCAUUGCCAGAUUCAGGUGUCGUGGAAUAUUUGAGCAAUGGAGGAGUAGCUGACAACCAUAAAGACUUCAAGGAGCUAAGGUACAAUGAGUGUCUUAUGAACUUCAGCUGCAAUGGCAAGAAUGGGAGCUCAGAAGGGAGAAUCACACACGGCUUCCAGCUGAAGAGCGCCUAUGAAAAUAACUUGAUGCCUUACACCAAUUACACCUUUGAUUUCAAAGGCGUGAUUGACUACAUUUUCUAUUCCAAGACUCAUAUGAACGUGCUUGGUGUCCUGGGGCCUUUAGAUCCUCAAUGGCUGGUUGAGAACAACAUCACUGGGUGUCCGCACCCUCACAUCCCUUCAGACCACUUCUCACUGUUAACACAACUUGAACUCCACCCUCCACUUCUGCCUCUUGUCAAUGGUGUUCACUUGCCUAAUCGGAGGUAGUGGAGUACUGCCCCGCAACGACGGGGGAGCUGUUGCUAUGGACCUGUACAGUUGUAAAUCAAAGUAUGUAGGAGUGAAGUAUGGCCAUCCUUAAGCUGCUUCUUCAGGUUCCUUUCAUUAUGUGUUUGCUCUAAGAUUUUGUACAUUUUUGUGCAUAUUGGUAUCAUUUGGCACUAGGGCUGGAACCAAAGUAUUACUCUUUCCAAAUUUUUAAUUUAACAUGUUUUUAAAUUCGACCUUCUUCAUAUUAUAUUAGGAGUCAACAUUCAUAAUUAAUAAAUCACCAAUUUAAGGCCCAACAAGAGUGUAUUUGUUUUUCCAAAACAAAUACUUUCUUUUGAAUGGUUUCAAAUGAGCCAACCAUUUUUGUAAAAGGCAAUUUUUAAAAACUAUAAAUAUGACAUUUUAAACUGAAUGAUGGCAUGCCUUACAGGAAAAGUUUCUUGGAUUUCUGUUUUCCAUUAUAACAAACUGAUUUUUGGCUCCCCAAGUCUUUUGCACAUUAACAAAGCACUUAAAUUUGCUAGAUCUGUACAUAAACUAUGAUACAGCCUUUAACCAUAAUAUGAAAAAUAGAGAAAUUAAAGAUGGUUGCACAAUAUGCUUUCAAAAUCAGGCAUUCAACAGCACAUGACAGUUUGUUGGGCAAGCGCUGGUUAUUUUUUUUUUUUUUUUGAGGAGUCACUGUAUUUAGUUCCUCUAUUAGUUAUAACCUCAUUAGAAGUAUUAAUUUUAAGUCUUUCUGUCCAGUUUAUUUAUUGGGAAAUAGUGGGUAAUUUCUACUGCCACACAUCUUGAAAAUAGGAUAUGUUAUAUUUUAGGAUGCCCACAAAAUUAGUGUCCAGUAUUUUUCAUUAUUCUCAUCUACCUUUUUUCUGUCUGGUUGUGCUAGAGAAACAGAUAUUAUAUGAUCUGUAUAAUAAUUUUUGCUGUUAUAGUCAAAUGUUUAAAAAAAUAAACAAACUACUGAAUAAAAACCCCCUAAUCCAAGUUUUAAAAGGGAAAAGCGAUACAAAUAUCUCAUGUGUUUCCUGAAGUAGGACAAGUGGCUACUAGUUUUGGCUUUUUGAGGUAACAUUGGAAAGGAUUUGGUUGGGGGCGGCGUAGAAAGAACAGGGAGUAGCUGAAAACCUCGGAUCAUUUUUCCUGACUCUAGUUGCCAAAUGGCCAUUAUAUGCUUUUAAUCUUUGUUUCUGUUGUCUGUCAGGGUUGAAUUAAGAAGCUACUGGUUUAUUCCCAACUGUCAAUGCUCUUUAGAAGUGUUGGAAUCCUUUUUUUGCCCAGGAGGGGCCAGUUAAAAAUCUGUGACUCAAGAGGCAGUGAACGUAAUACUGUUUUCUGGGGGAAAAAUUGGUUGGCUACUUGAUGUUAAUUAUGGCACAGUUAACAGGAAAAGGUUGUGUCUGUGUUUUUAAGUUUUUCUUUAUUCUGCUUUUUUGCUGCUAUAAGAGUUUUCUGAAAUUUAUAUUUUAAACUUUUCAUGCACUUUACUGUUUCUAGUCUCAAAAUGUGAUAUUUUUAAUAAACAAGAAAUUUUCCAUUAUGUGAAUGAAAUUUUAAAAGAAAAUAGCCUAUAUUUGUGUCUCACUAAUAUAUAAAGUACAGGUCAAAUUUAAAUUAUUUAAUUAGUUUUAAAUAUAUACAAUUUGCCUCCUCUUUCAAACCUAACACCGUAGGCUGUUUUAUUAGUCUUAAAUGAUGCAUUUCCUUUGGUCCUUUUAUACUAAUUUCUUCCAUAGUAAAUUAAUCAGGCUGUAUAAGAUAAUAUUUCCCGAGAAGGAUAAUUUUAGUGGGACGAGGGUGGUGGGAUGAUGUAAUGUCAUAUACGGGCUUGCAUCAGAAGGGUUCUGUAAAGCCUAAACUCCCUUUUAAAAGUGCCUAGUGAUAGAGGCGUUGUUUGUCAUCUAUUAUAAUUGGAAUGUCAUUGUAGUUGAGUGAAGUUUGAUGUAAAUAAAAUAUUCUUUUAAAAAUGGUAAAGUACCAGAAUAAACAAACAAAUAACCAAGAAACAACCAUUAAGGUGACAGAUUUUCCUCAGUGUGCAGGUAUCCCUUCUUAUAUACCUCAAACAUUCAACAUCUAGCCAUGCAAAUUGAUUACCUGAACCAUAGUACUGGAAAGUAGAA